AAUCUUCAACAACCUAGUCUUCCUCGCGAUGGGUUCAAUUCACUGGAUCAGCGUCGCAUUCACCCACGAUAUGGCCAUCUUCUACGAGAGUACUGUCGUGCUGACGAGAAAACCAUUCUCGGAAGAUCUGUUUUUUGAUCUGAUCGAAAAAUAUCGAAUCAACGGCGUAAACGGACCUCCGGUUUAUUCACACGCGCUGGUACAACAUCCCCGUGCCAAGCGGGUGGAUCUGUCCUCAAUGAAACUGUGGGGCAUUGGAGGGUACUUCGUGUCGGACGGACUCCGGGAUGCGGUGGAUGCGUUACACCCCAGCGGAAGGUCGUUUACAAUCUACGCUUCCACGGAAUGUGGAUUGAUUGCGGCGGAUUUGUUGAAGCGUAAACGAGGAGCCGUAGGAUCGGUGUUGUCUAAUUUGGAAAUUAAAAUCGUUGAUGAUGAAGGACGGUCUCUUGGUGUUGGAGAGCAAGGAGAGCUGUGGAUUAAAAGGACACCUACAUUUUUGGGCUACUUCAAGGACGAGAAAGCCACAGCAGAAGCACUGGAUGCCGAGGGUUGGUUCCGAUCCGGCGAUAUGGGAUACUUCGACGAGGAAGGAUAUCUUUUUCUGGUCGACCGCAAAGGAGAUACCUUCAAAUACUAUGACGCGGUUAGUCCUCAACAGUUGGAGGACAUAAUCUUACAAAUGGAAGGGAUAAAACAGGCUUGUGUCGUGGGGAUUCCAACACAGGAAAGAAGCAAAGAGCUACCCACGGCAGUGGUCGUCCGAGAUGUACCAUCAGCCGUUAGCGAGGAAGACAUAGUUCUGUUUGUUGAGAAACGUGUUACGGACCAUAAACGGCUCAGAGGUGGAGUUUACUUUGUUGAUGGAAUGCCGCUUACCAGCAAGGGAAAUGUAAAGAGAAAAGUUGUACGGAAGAUGAUUAUGGAUGGCGAAAUUAAAUGAUUAAUUGAUUUUAUUCUGCAAUCCAACUGAACAGAUUUUCUUUCUAAAAAUAUAGUUUUGCGUAGAAACCCGUGUUUGAUUUGCAACGAUGCUAGGUUUGUUGUCUCCGAUUCCCGUUUUCAAUUUUCAUUCGUAAUCAGAUGAUGACAAGAAAUAACUCUUAAAAUUACUAUGGAGGAAGACCUGUGUCAUCUAUUUAUAGAGUUUCCUGCACACGCGGCUUAGAUUGGACUUCAGACUGAAGAUUAAAAGAUUGCCAGUAAGCAACCACGCAGUACUGAUAAGAAAUAAAUAAAUAAUACAAUGAAAACAUU